AUGGAGGAUUCAAUGCUUUUUAUGCACAGGGAACAUUUUACUUUCAAGUUUUGGAGAGAGACUGUAAACGACAAGAAUGAAAGUGGAAUUAAGCUGACUGUGGGAAAAUGGACUAAUGACCUUAACCUGGUCUUCCAGAGAUUUGCCUGUUUCAUCGUCAUCUUCCAAGUCAGAAUGACUAAAAGUUCCCUGCAAAAACUCUGCAAGCAGCACAAGCUUUACACUACCCCAGCAUUGAAUGAUACGCUGUAUUUACACUUCAAAGGUUUUGAUCGCAUUGAGAACCUGGAAGAGUACACAGGGCUGCGCUGUCUCUGGCUGCAGAGCAAUGGAAUACAGAAAAUCGAAAACCUGGAGGCGCAAACCGAGUUGCGUUGCCUCUUCUUGCAAGUGAACUUGCUCCAUAAGAUCGAGAACCUGGAAGCUCUGCAGAAACUGGAUGUUCUUAACCUCAGCAACAAUUACAUCAAGACCAUUGAAAACCUUUCCUGCCUCCCAGUCCUGAACACACUGCAGAUGGCCCACAAUCACCUGGAGACCAUGGAGGACAUUCAGCAUCUACGAGAGUGCUUGAGGCUUUGUGUCCUUGACCUUUCACACAACAGGCUGAGUGACCCUGAGAUCCUGAGCGUUCUGGAAAGCAUGCCCGAUUUGCGUGUACUGAAUUUGAUGGGAAACCCAGUUAUCAGACACAUUCCCAAUUAUAGAAGGACAGUCACUGUACGACUAAAGCACUUAACAUACCUGGAUGAUAGACCGGUGUUUCCAAAGGACAGAGCUUGUGCGGAGGCCUGGGCUAGGGGAGGGUACGCAGCUGAAAAGGAGGAGAGACAGCAGUGGGAGAGCAGGGAGCGGAAGAAGAUCACAGACAGCAUUGAAGCCUUGGCCAUGAUCAAGCGGCGGGCAGAGGAGAGGAAAAGACAGAGAGAGAGUCAAGAGAGAGUCGGGGAGACGACAUCGUCAGACGAUGGUGAGAACGUGCCUGCCAGUGAGGAAGGCAAGGAGGAGGCUCCCGGGGACAGAGAAACAAGGCAGAAGAUGGAGCUGUUUGUUAAGGAAUGCUUUGAGGCCAAGGACGAGCUCUGCCCGGAAAAGCCAAGUGCAGGAGAGGAGCUGCCUGUGGAGGUUAAAAGAGAGGAUGGAGAUGGAGAGCCAAAGGGAACCCUCCCAGCUGAGACUCCACCACCCUCGCCACCUGUGGAGGUUAAAGGAGAGGACGGAGAUCAAGAGCCAGAAGGGACCCUCCCAGCUGAGACCCCACUACUGUCGCUGCCUGUGGAGGUUAAAGGAGAGGACGGAGAUCAAGAGCCAGAGGGGACCCUCCCAGUUGAGGCCCUGCCAGCGCUGCCCCUCGGAGCUGCCAGGGAAGCCCCCUGGGCCUGCGCUCCCGUGGUCACCCGCAGACUCCUCCACGCCGGACUCCUGCGUGCAAUCCAGCUCUGCUGCCCCACCCGCCGCAGGCUCCGAGGGUUUGGGGUGCAUGUUUACUUCGGCGACACCAAACGCCCCGCAGCUGUAGGGAGCCCCGGUUCGCAGUGGACGUCGCUACGGCCCCAGCCCAGUCAGAGACUCCCCGUUUUCCUUCUUCGCCAGCCGUUCGCGCCCUAG